CAAUCAGCUGAUUAAGUUCGCGCGCUUUUCAUCCAAACAUCAUUGUGAAAUUUUGUUUUGUUUAUGUCGCCAAUUUUAUAAAUAGUUUAAAAAGUUCUGAUAAGAAGUGAUUAGUGUACUUUAAAAUGUCUAUUCUGCUGGCGGACAUUGAUGCCACAUGCGCGGCCUUGGGCUACAGUGAUGGCCAAAAAUACCAGGCGGAACCCGAUGCCGCCGAAAGUCUUAAGCACUUGAUUUGGAUUCUCCGUCGUGAUCUGGACAACCAUGAGUAUCGCCGCCAUUUGGGGCGAUCAAAAGUGCUCCAAACAGAUUUGGUUUACAUGCUGCCGGAUUAUGUGCACCAUGAGGAACUAUCUGACCUGUUGAUUCGCCUGCUGGUUAUCCUGACCAAUCCCACCCUGCUGCUUUACAGGGACGGCCCUCCCAAGGACAACCACGGCAGGAAGGUGUUCAUGGAGCUCAUCGACAUCCUUCAGGGCUACAAAGCAGCCUUUGCCCGUGACAAAAUCUGGACAUCACUGUUCGAGAAGCUCAAGCAGGCGUUGGAAAUUGCCUUUGCCAUUCGCAGCGAGGAGCAGAAUCUGCUGAUUGAACGCAUCCUGGUCCUGGUGCGGAAUGUCCUGCAGGUGCCAGCGAAUCCGGAGGCCGAGUGCCGGGCGGACAACGAUGCCAGCCUGCAUGAUCAGGUCAUCUGGGCCUUGCACCAAACCGGAAUGCUGGAUCUGGUGCUUUUUAUCAUCUCCUCGCCGGAUGAGGAGCAGUUUCAUCUGCACGGACUGGAGAUUGUGUGCCUGCUUUUCAGGGAACAGAGUGCCGAAUCCCUGGCAGAUGCCUCCCUGCAGCGCAGUCUCAGCGAGAAGCAGCGCGAUCAGCAGGAACUGCUGGCAGCUCGUCGCCGGGAGCGUGCCCGCCGCCAGGCUCGUCCUCCAACGGGUCGUCAUUCCCGCUUCGGCGGCACAUACGUCAUCCGGAACAUGAAGUCCGUCUCGGACCGCGACGUGAUCUGCCACCAGGCAUUGGAGCGGGUCUCAUCGAUCGACUUUGACCGCGAGAAGCAGCAGCAGAAGCGUUCCCAUCGACAAAUUGCUGAGGAGGCGCAGGUGACCCGCCGCAGUGCGUUCACCGUGAGAUUGUGCCUGCGCGAAUAUUGCAUCGAGGUGCUGCGCUCCGCUUACAACACGCUGGUGAGGCAGGUGCGUCGAGUCCUGGAACGCAACGCCGGAUCCUCCAGUCACGAUGACUCCUAUCUAUUGUGGGCCAUACGAUUUUUCAUGGAGUUCAAUCGUUUGAGUGGUCUACAAUUGCAGUUAGUCAGCGAAUCGCUGAGCGUGCAGUGCUUCCACUGGGUCCUGACGCGCAUGCAACAUGACAUGGACAUGAUUGUGAGCGACAAGAAACAGGCGCGUCUCUGGGCCAAGCGACUGCAUGUAGCCCUUUUGACAUUCCGGGAAUUGCUGCAAAGCCUGUUGGCACUGCAAAAGCUGAAGGAUGACAACAACGCGCGGGCCCUCUUCGAUAUGUUAUUGAACAACGUGUGCUACGUACUCGAGUAUCGGGAGACAGUGCUGCAUUUGUUAAUGAACUACAAUGAGGCGCACAGCACAAAGGUUUUCCUGCGCGAUGUGGUUGAAACGGCCAACGUUUUCAUUAAAAUGAUGGAGCGCUUCUGCCAGGACACCGUGGUUGUCCAGGAUAAAAAGCGUGGUGGUGCUGGCAGCCGCAAGAAGAAGCAGUCGGCAGCCAAGUCCAAACCGUCAACUGCACCACAACCAACUGAGGAAGAAUUGUCGAGCAAAUGGGCUGAAAUGGCAACGGAAGUGUGCAGCCUCCUAUCCGCAGAAUUGGAAUUGCCGGAGGACGAGCUCCCGAUUCCCUUUGACGCUGCAUCCGAGAAGUCCAUCGAUGACCAACGGGAGGAUUGCAUGAUUCGCAUAAAUAAGCUGCUGCGUUCCGAGAAACUGGACCAGGCCAUCGCCCUUAUGCGAGCCGCCAGGGAAGUUUGGCCGGAGAACGAAGUGUUCGGUGCAAUUUCCGCUGCACCGGAAGACGAACUGCUGCUGCUGCGUGAGAUUUUCAUGUCCAACAUUACAACAGCUGAGCCCGAUGAGAAUAAGGAGAACGAAAACGAGGACAAACAGGACGAGGACGAGGACGAUGACUUGGAUAACGAGGAGUACGAACAGCCGGAUAAUGGACUCACUGAGAAAACGUUCAAAUUUGAUGAUUUCGCUCGCAGAUUGCUUCAUCCGAAAAUCGUUCGCGCCUGCACAUUAGUGUUAUCUGACUGGGCGAGUAUACCCACUCGAUCCUUGAAAGCUGCUGUAACCAUUCUGCACCGCAUCGCCUACGAAUGCAAAUGUUCAGGAAUGCUUUUCCAGGCCAAGCUGUUUCGCAUCUUUCAACAAGUCUUCAGCGUGGAACGUGACGUCCAUCAGGAGGAGCUGCGUCGACUGGGCAUCUUCGUGGUGCGCAAAUUUGUCGAGGUGGCCCCGACUAAUCCCAAAAUCUAUGCAGAGUUAUUAUUUUACAAAGGCAUCAGGGAGGCGAACGAGCUGGAGUCGGGCUAUUGUGACGCCUAUGAAGCCGGUACCAAGGGCGCCUGGAGCGAGGAGCAGGAGUCGGAGCUGCGCUUCCUCUUCGAGGAGAACCAGCGGAACCCGGAAACCGAUAAGGAUGUGAUUGAUUGGAUUCUGGACAAUUUGGUCGACAAGACGCGCAAUCGUCGCACUGUACUGAAGAAGCUGAAGGAACUGGGCCUGCUGUUCAAGGCGCCCACCAAACGUUCAACGAAGUUGGCCCAGGGCGGCAAAAAUCUGUGGCAGCCGGAAGAGGAUGAGGAACUAAGGAGCUUAUACGAUCAGCAUCGCAUCGAGCCGGAUUGCCUGGAGCGUAUUGUCAAUGAGUUUGCCGAGCGUCGCACCAAACAACAGAUCAUCAAGCGAAUGCUGCAGAUUCAUAUGAUAGCGGACAAGUCAGAGAUUCUACCUCCAAAAACGAAAGGGCGUGGCAGGGCCAAAAAGCAGCAGUCAGAAAAUGAAGGUGAUGGCGAUGAGUACGACUUCGCGGAGGAGCCCAUGAUGGAGGAGAGUGGUUACAGGAAGCCCAAGACCAAACCCAAGAAACCCAAGAAAGCCAAAAAGCGACAGGUCGUGCGAACACCUUUGGAUGUGGGCACAGUGAGAGCAUUAAUCAGUCAGGUGAACUCGGAGAAGUAUCAAUCGGCCAUCGAGUGGCUGCAGGAGAGUCUGCAAGACGCCAGCGAGGAAACUGAGGAACCAGCCGAGGAUGACGAUGGUGUCCCCUUGCUUCCUUUGAUGCAGGACCAAAAGGAUGCCAUGGAGGAUGGUGAUUUCCAAAAGGUUCUCGUUGCUCUGGGAAUGCAGCCACCGAUUCUUGGCAUGGAGAGCUACUGGCGCAUUCCCACCUACUUAAAUCAAGCGGACUUGCAAGUGCGUUCCAAAAUUUUGGCCGGAGAGGAGGUUGACCUUGAACCCGAAGACGAGGCUGAUGGGGAUGAAGAUGAUGAUGAUGAGGAGCAAGAUGAAGAUAAACAAGAGGAGAGUGAGGAGGAGGACUUCUUGGAAAAACACAGCAGGCAGCGGCAGGAGAACAUUGCCGCCGAGCAGCAGAAAAAACUAGAUAGUCUGAUGUUCAACCAGAGCGAUGACGAAACCGAGCAACGUGCGCCUCCCAAAAGCAAGGACAAAUCCAAGGCCGCAGAAAAGAAGGCCAAGCGAAAGGUCAAAGACAAAGCCAAGGAGCCAAAGGACUCGGGCGAGGAUGGGGCAGAGAAACCCAACACUGAUGAUUUAUUUGACCAAUUGAGAGCCAAGCGAGCCACUAAAAUCAAACUGAGCGAUAUGGCUCUAAAUGAGUCAACAAAAGCCGCUCAAGAGGCGGACGAUGAUGCAUUUAACUUCAACUCGGAGGACUAUCGUGCUCGCCUGCUGGAAUUGGAGGAGGAAGAGGAGGAGAAGGAGGAAGAGGGGAAUCAGAAGGACGAGGAUGAUGCUGCCAAUGAGGACAAAGAGAACAAUACCAAUAAGUCCCUGCAGCGUGCACGUCGCGUUAAUGUAAUUGACUCGGAUAGCGACAACGAUGCUGAUGAUGAUGAUGGCGCCUUGCCCGCCGACAAGACAAACAAACGCCCACGAAGCGACGACGAUCAGGAGGAUGCCAAUGGAGAUGGGAAUGGGAAUGCCGAUGAGGAGAGCGACGACGAGGAGGCCAACUUUCUGGCCCGGAAAAAACCAGCCAAAGUCGACGGAGAGCCGGCCAAGCGGCGUCGGUUGGCCAUCAUCGAUGACGAUGAUGAUGAGGAUGAUUUUUAAUGCACUACCGUUCCGCUUUUGAAUUUAUAGCUCACCGGAAUGGAAGCUCGAAUAAAUGUAACUUUCAAUUUGCAUACAGCUUUUGCUUGUUCUUUUAUCAUGUACGUCCUUGUAGCUGAAAGACUAUAAUAGUUGUUGAAGUCUAAUAAAGUCUCUUUAAAGAAAUA